GAGUCUCCUUCAGGUCGUAGAAAGGCUCUGGCCAGCAGCAGCAUCAACAUGAAGCAGUAUGCCAGCCCCAUGCCCACACAGACUGACGUCAAGCUCAAGUUCAAGCCCCUCUCCAAGAAGGUGGUGUCUGCCACGCUACAGUUCUCCCUCUCCUGCAUCUUCCUCCGUGAGGGCAAGGCCACUGACGAGGAUAUGCAGAGCCUGGCCAGCCUGAUGAGUAUGAAGCAGGCUGAUAUCGGCAACCUGGAUGACUUUGAGGAGGAGGACGAGGAGAAUGAGGAGAACAGGGCCAACCAGGAGGAGAAGGCUGCUAAGAUCACAGAGAUGGUAAACCAGCUCAAUGCUCUCAGCUGCUUAGCCGGAGACCCUGAGGACCACUUCCUAAAGCUGGCUAGUAAAAGGCCAAGCAGCGCUCGGUCUCCCUCCCAAGAGCUGAUCAGUAAGCUGAACUUCCUGGAGGAGGAUCAGGACACACCCCCUGCCCUCUGCUCCAAUCCCUUCGAAGAUCCGGCUGAUGAUAUUGAUGACCCCUCCCACCUGGAACACACCAAUCACUUCAACCCGUUCGGUGAUGAUGAUGAUGAUGGACCCCCCUCCCUGCCCCCCUCCCUCAGCCUCCGACAGGACCCAGAGGCCUACUAUGUCCAGGAACCCUCCAACCCCUUCGACGAGGACGAAGUAAACACACACUCGCUCACAGAGUACAACCCGUUUGACGAGCCCGACCAGGACCCAGACCUAGUCCCCGACCCUCAGGGGCCCCAGGUCCAGCAGUCGGAGGCUCCCAAACCCAGGGGGAGGAAGGGGGUCAGGCCGGUGGAUAUGAGCAAGUACCUGUAUGCUGACACCAACCCACCACCAGAGGACCAACUGGAUGAAUCCAACCCGUUCUACGAGCCCUGGACCUCCAGCCCAUCCCGGCCCUCCGGGGGCCCCUCUCCAGACUUCAGUAACCAGAAGAGGAGAGCCCCGCUACCUCCCAGACCUCCAGGCCCCAGCCCCUCGGCCCCAACACCUCCAGGGAGGGGGCAGAGAGGGGAGAGAUUCAUGCCCAGUGGACCCAGUGCCGUGGCAGCUGUGGUGGGGGCGAGAGCUGCCCUUCUCCUCCCCUAA